CAAACACCCGCGCAAAAGUCAUGACAACUGCUGCAGCCUCAGCUACUGCUCCUGCGCCUGCCACGCCUCCGCCUCCGCCUGCGUCGGCUGUGCCGCCCCCGCCUGAAGCUAAGUCGCUAAACGCGCUGCUGCACUUGCCCGCAGAGAUGGAGUUGAGCCAAAUUGAGUUGAUCUAUCGGGCGGAGGGUAAUGCAAAUUUGGUGCUGGCAUUGCCGCAAUUUAAAAAAGUUUUACGUUUGCCAAAAAUGAUAUCCAGCAGUACUAGCAGCAGCAGCAGCAGCAGGAGUCGUUGCUGCCAGCCGGCCAGCACAGACCAACCGGAAGGACAGCAACCCAGCGUUUCCGACCCAAGCGAAGCAUCAAGCUCAAAAGCUGGCGCCUUGACAAUGCCCGAUUUUAUGGCUUAUAUCGAGAUAAUGCGCCGUCUAUUAGGAAAUGAGUUUGUCUGUGCAGCGGAUAUUGUUGCCAUACCAAAGGAAAGCGAUAGAUGCUGGAUAAACGAGCACAUACGCCAGCACAGGCCGGUUUCGCGUCUGGAUAAGGAAUUUGUGGGGCCAUUCGGUCUGCUGCUGCCAGAUGUGACCCAAUUGCCUGCCACAUUCGAUGUUUUACUUGCCAAUUUACAGGCAAAGGACAUGAACAUGGACACGGACAUGGAUGCGGACAUAUGCAGCAGCAGCAGCAGCAGGAGUAGGAGCUGCACUACCAGCAGUAGCUGUGGAGUAAGCCGUCUGGGCGAUACAUAUGCCAUCGAAAUAAAACCGAAACAGGGCUGGCUCCAGUUGCCAAGUGAUGUCAGCGAUUUAUUUGAUUUAAUGCCAACUGGCGAGGGCACAAUGGACCCGACCUGCGAACCUGAACCACAGCCCGAACCCCAAGCUGAACCUGAGCCUGAACCCAAGCCGGUAAAGGCAAACGAAUCGACGGCGACGAAGAAGGUGCGGCCAACGGUUGAUACGUUGUUAAAGCCAGACAAAUGCAGGUGUCGCUAUUGCAGCAUGCAGGUGGUAAAGCUGCACUUGGGUAAAAUCAAGCGAUUGGGCCAAUAUUGUCCAUUGCAUUUGUUCUCCGGUGCUCCUGGUCGUAUGCUCGAUGCCUUGAAUUCGCUUUUCGCUUGUCCGCAAAAUAAUUUACGUGUAUUUCAGAGCGGGAAUUUAAUUUAUGGCGAUCACGCGAAUUCGAUUUCCUGCGAGCAGCUCCACACUCAACUCUUCCCAGGUGAAAUUAUGGCGCUUAUAAAACAUUUGUUGGUCGCCUGCCUGCUUAGGGAAUACAGCCAGGAGGAGAAGAAAGAGGAGCAGCAGGAGCAGGCAGCGAAUGAAAGCCACAGCCACGUGGCUGCUGCUGCUGCUGCUGCAUUUGGGAAAUCGACAUUCAAACGUUGUGGCAUGAAGACAAAGCCAACCGCAACUAUAGAAAUUGGCAGGGCAAAGCACGUAGAGAACCAGCAGUACCUGGAGCAGGAGCAGCCGAGGGAGGAGGCGAGCAUAGUUGACUUUGUCAAAGCUGUUGGUGGUCAGCCGCAGCGGCGAGCAGCAGCUGCUGAAACAGCCAGCCCAAGGUACACAAAGCGUACCAAAAUGACAACAACAGCAAAGGCAACAAAAACAACAACAGCAACAACAACAACAGCAACAACAAUGCCAGCGAAUGUGGCAACACGAAUAGCAAUGGAAACGGAAACGGAAGCGGAAACAACGUCGACAGCGUUGGCUACUCUGAACCCAGCGCCGCAACUUGUCGCGUCUCCCCUGGCGCCCUGCGAGACUCAAGCAGGGAUCAGCCAGGCGGAAAUAUUUCACUUACCCAAAAAUUGUGUUUUGCAAAAAAUUUUGCAUUUGCAAUUGUUGGUCAAGCGACAUUUUCAUUAUAUGUGGGCGCAAGGAUAUGCCCGGCAGGGCACGCCCAGCUACAAGGCGCUGCGGGCACUGCUCGCCAGCUGUCAGCAGGACAAUGUGCAGGAGUUGGCAGCCGAGCAGGCUUAUAUGCUGGGCGCGACGGCGCUCGAUUGCUCCAUAAUGCUGACAUUUCAGGAAGUGCAAUGUCAGGCGAAGCAUCACAGUGCUUUGCAGCCUUGGCUCAUUUCGCUGCAAGGUCGUCAAUUUCUGACCAAGCUGAGCGUUUUAGAUCUGGAUCCCAAGCCCGACAGCCAUUUUCACAAAUAUAUAAAGCAAACGCGUCAGAUUGAAAAGUUUUGCGGCGCAUUAAAUUAAUUAAUAAAGUCGCGACG